AAUAACCCACAAGACCAGGCCAGGUUCCAUAUCGGGCAGCGGCCAAAUUCACUUCGAACAAAAGCAGUUGGCAGCUGGGGCUGGGCAGAGGUUUGGGACAGUACAGGGCUGCGCGACGCUCUCUUUCCCCUGCUCUCUGGAGGGAUGGGGGAGCCGAAGGCUGAAGUGAAGGCGAUGGAACAGGAAGCAGAGGUUAAGCAACAGCUGGCAAGUAAGAAUGGAAAGAAGCCAGAAGGUUCCUCCUUCUUCACCUGGUUCAUCGUCCUGGCUCUCCUGGGAGUAUGGACCUCUGUAGCUGUGGUCUAUUUCGAUCUUGUUGACUAUCAGGGUGUCAUUGCCAAGGCACAGGACUUGCGUUAUAAUCUUUCAGAGAUAUUACAAGGUAAACUUGAAUCCUAUGAUGCUGAUGGCGAUGGUGACUUUGACGUGGAGGAUGCCAAAGUACUACUAGGAUUGGCAGAUAAGCCUAACGUUGAGGGGCCGAGCCCACCUGCUAAAGAAGAGGCCCCUGCAGCAUCUGAUGAAGCUCCAGAACCAGAGUCUGUUGUAGAAGAAGAGAUCCGAGCUGUUGAUGCUGAAGAAACAGGUCAACUUCCACCAAUUAUGGAGCCAGAGCCUGUAGCUGUGGAGGAAGACUUUGAGGCAGUGGAGGAAGACUUUGAGGCAGUGGAGGACGACUUUGAGGCAGUGGAGGACGACUUUGAGGCAGUGGAGGACGACUUUGAGGCAGUGGAGGACGACUUUGAGGCAGUGGAGGACAACUUUGAGGCGGUGUGGGAGGAGCCUGAGGUGGUGUGGGAGGAGCCUGAGGUGGUGUGGGAGGAGCCUGAAGCAGUGGAGGAGGAAGAAGUGGAAGAAGAAGUUCCUGAGGAAGAGCCUGUAGUUGUGGAGGAAGAGCCAGAAGUACUAGAUGAAGAGGUAGAGCCAGUUCAGGAACAGGAGGCCAUCCAGAAAGCUACCACUCCUGAGGAGGCAUUUGAGGAAGCAGACUACGCUGAGCUGGUAGCCCCUGUUGAAGAGACUGUCCCUGUUGAAACAGCUGCCUCUGUUGAGGAGACAGUCGAGGAGGCUGUCUAUGCUGGGGGGGCAGUCAUAGAAGAGGCUGAAACCUCCGAAGAGCCUGACACUGCUGUGGAUGUGGCCCCCAGUGAACAAGCUGCCCUUACUGAAGAGGAACUCGAGGCUUCCUCUGUUGAGGAGACAGAAGAGGAAAUAGUAGAAGAGGCUGCACCAGCUGAGAAGGCUGAAGAGGACAAGUGGCCAGUGGAAGAGGCAAUAGAGCUAGCGGCACCUGUUGAAGAGAAUAUAGAAGAGGGAGCUCCUGACGAGGAGGAAGCACUUGAGGAAGUGACAGUGGAGGCAGUAGCAGAACAUAAGGAAGAACUUCCCGAAGAGCAGGUAGAUGUGCCAGCAGAGGAGGAGCCUUUGGAUGAGACAGAGAUGGACACAACAGAAGACAGUGCAGAAGAUAUACAGGAAAAAGAGGCGCUCACAGGAUCUGACACAACAGGAGAAACGGACACAGAAUCACUGACUCAAACAGAAGUGUUUGAAGAACAACCACCACCUCAGGAGGAGACAGCAGUGGAGGAUACUUCUGAUGAGGAUGAGCAGGAAGAGGAAGCUAUAGAGUACUUUGAACAGGACGAGCUUCAGGAUGAGCCAACAGAAACGUAAAACCACGGGGCUGCGUGUCGUACCCGAUACGAGGCAGCCCGUGUUCCACUGCACAUGAGGGCGUCCGUUUUUCCAUGACGGAGGAGCAGCGUGGACAAAGCCAGCAUCCGAUUGGGCUUGUGUGUUUUUGGUUUUUUGUUUGUUUUAUUAAACACUCAAAUAUAUUUAAUGAGAAUAUGUGAUUUCUUAUGUAUAUGUUAAGGACACAUUUUUACAAAUACCUUUUCAUUUUUCCCUCUUUUGAAUCUUGUUGUAUUUCUGUUUCCAUUCACUUGUGAGUUUUCAAAGCCUUUCUUUCUUUUUUUUAGAGUAGAUGCUAAUCAUUUUAUCACCACUAUGUGUGGCUUGGUUUUCAAAUAGAAUCCCAUUUCUGUGUAUACAAGCAGAGGUACAUGUUGCUUUGUCUGAUUUUGAAUUCAGUGCUGUUGAUUUGUCUCUUGGAAUAUAAAAACUGAUGAGUUAAUGUGAAGGUACUAUGCAAAGCUGCACUGAUCUUUGACAGUGGUUUCACUUUACAGUUUCAUAAUACCAUGAUGUAUUGAGGUGACUCUUCUGAUGUUGCAUAUCAAAGGCAAAUUUAUGCUGGCAGGUUAACUAAGACAAUUGUCAGGGUGUGAGUAUGUGUGUUUGUUUGUAUAAAAAUGCAUCUUGGCUAAACAAUCCUAUGAGCCGUGUUGCCUGUUUGAAUCUUUCUGUGAUGAUUCGUUUCCAUGAGCUUAUUUGUACCUCCUUUGUUUAGUACAUUUUAAUACUGUAUGUUUUGCACAUAUCUGAAGCCAAGGAAAGAGUGUUUUUACAUUUCAUAUUAAGUUGGAAAGUGCUUAUUUUACAAGGGUUUGGGGUCAUUCAUAGACUUGUCUUUCCCUUGUUUUUGUUUCCUUGUAUGCAUUCUGAUUAAAUUGACAUGUGGGACAAGCUAAUGACUGUGGCACUGCUCCUGUAUGUACUUCUAGAGUAUGGGAGGCCAAAGAGCACAAGUACCUCUUAAACAAGUGUCAUGUUUUAUACUUGUACUAGUCAUUUCAGUUGUCCUGAGCAGCUCUGCUUUAAACACACACUCCUGCUACUUUGUGUAUAAAGGUUUGAGAGACAUUGAAUGUGUGGGUAACUUUUCCCAGAGAGAAUCAAUUAAUAGAAAACUCCAUGGACUUAAGAAGAGGGAGGAACAAUUAUUUUCUGGCAGUUGAAGGACAUCUGUGUAUCUGUGUUAUUCUUUGGACAAAGUACCCAUCGUUUAGAUAUUUGUGUUGAUUUAACUGAAUUGGUUAGAUGUUAUGGGAUAGUUGUGUGGUAAGGUAUCUAUCUCAGCCCUUAUGCCUCAGUAAUAUUUGUAAAAGGCAGUGCUGUAAAAUCCAUAAGGGAUGAUGUCUGGGUGUAUUUGAUCACUUUCAAAUCUUAACAAAGUAUAUGUAGUUUGUUUACUAUUAACACCCUUGAUAUUGUUAAGUGAAGCUCAGUCAUGUCAACUGUGUCACUGUGGAUUCAACAGUUUCUCUUUCUUCUUCCAUUCUUUUGUGUAGUGUUUUAUUGUGUAUACAUUAUGGACAUAAGAGGCCUGCCAGGAUAAAUAUUGUUAAUGUUGUGACAAAUUAUGAUUUCAGAAUAUGUAGAACAGUUGCAGUAUAGUUUUAGGGGAUUUUUCCCCUAAGGGAAAAUCACUAAGGGGUCUUUUCUAUUCAACUUUUAAAGUCAAUGUGAAUUUUUAAAGUGCUAUAAACUUUGCAUAUUACAAAAAUUACAAAUAGAUUUUUAAAAGAAUUUGAAAGUCUUUCUAGUCAGAUUUUUUAAAUUGAAGAAAUAAUGUUAAUGUUUCAAAGCCAUAGAUAUCAGUGGGGUUCACCUUGCUGUUUAUAUUUUAAGAGAAAGAGCUACAGCAGUAGAUUGCAGCGGCAAUGCAGCUGUAGAUCUAGCUAUAAUUUGUUUAUUGUUUUGCUGUCAAUGUUUGUUUAAAACAAGAGUUUAUGCAAGUAUGUUUUCAGGUUUACAUGAUAUCCUGCUGUAUAGGCUAAAAUAUUUUAAGUUAUUGCAAUUUUAGGGACUUUUAGGUAACUGGUCACAAUUCUGUAAACAAUUGUAAAGUUUCUGUUUAGUGCUGCAAUAAAGGUUUGGACAGAUGGAA